GACUCCAGUGAACUACCUCCACAGACUCAUCACCAAAAUAGCUGGCAAGUUUAGUGCACGAGGAAGAGUUUGGGUCCACUCACACACGUCGAACGCAGAACCGAUCGGGUUGCAGUCUCGCGCUUUAAUACACAAUUGUCCACUCCAAGCCCACCCAGGAUGACCGCGGUUCUGGACAGCCUCGGCUCGGAUAUGCACACGAACCACAUUACCUCCAGCACUUUCAGCAGCGUGCACAAGGCGCAGGACACGGCCACGUUAGCGGCGUCCUCGGGCAGUGACGGCGCCUUUUACAGCGUCCCUCAGUCUGGACACUGCGCCUCAGCAGCCUACGCGCCCCUCACCUCCUACUCCUACCACCCCGCAGGAGUGGGCAACGUCCACUACAGCCCAAAGGCGUAUGACAUGGGCCUGGGCUCUUCAUACGGAGCUUACGGAACCUACGGAACCAGCUCUUCACCCACUCCGACGGAGCCAGAGAAAGACGAGAGCGAGCCGGAGGUGCGCAUGGUGAACGGAAAGCCAAAGAAAGUCCGGAAACCGCGAACCAUCUACUCGAGCUUCCAGCUGGCCGCGCUCCAGCGCCGCUUCCAGAAGACCCAGUACCUGGCACUGCCCGAGAGAGCCGAGCUGGCCGCCUCACUGGGGCUCACACAGACUCAGGUGAAAAUCUGGUUCCAAAACCGCCGCUCCAAGUUCAAAAAGUUAUGGAAAAACGGGGAGAUCCCCCCAGAUCAGCACCUUUCCUCGGGUGACUCCCCCCCUCCGGCCUCCUCGCCGCCUCCUCCACCACAGGCAUCCUGGGAUUUCCCCCCACAUCAGGCUCAAAGCGACGGAGACCCUAGCGCAGAGCCUGCGCCCCCCAACACCACAGCUCCAGCCUUCCUCAGCACCUACCCCUGGUACUCCAGCACGAACACGCACUUACAGCCCCUACAGCCGCUCUCGCAGCACCAGACCAGCCAGGCCAUGGGCGCGGGGGCUUUAUUUUGACCACCGGUGCGGGACAGUGAAGGACUUGUACGCAGAUACAAGCGCGGAUGGACAAAACUUUACACUUCACUUCCAAAUGCGCAAUUAUUAGGGGUCCAAGCACUCGCUGCUGCUG